AUGCCACCGACGCCGGAACAACCCCACCUCAACGGCGCCUUCUAUGGCCCUCCCAUCCAACCAAAAACCAAAUCCUACUACCGCCCUGGCCGCGGCGGAGGCGGCGGACCUAGUUGCAACCCUUUAACCUGCUGUUGCAGCUGUAUCUGUAGUUGCAUCUUCAAUCUCAUCUGUCAGAUUCUAAUCACCGUCGGAAUCUUCCUCGCCGUCGUUGGGGUAAUCUUCUGGUUUAUUUUCCGCCCCAACGUGCCUAAAUUCCACGUCGCCGACGCCACCCUCACCCGAUUCACGCUAUCCCCGACGAACAACACGCUCUACUACAACCUCGCCGUCAAUAUGACGUUCAGAAACCCUAACCGCCGUUUAGGGAUCUACUACGAUAACAUCGAGGCCAACGCGAUUUACCAUGGCCAGAGAUUUUCGUCGGCGGAGGUUCAAGGGUUUUAUUUAGGGCAUAAGAAGGAGAAUAAUGUCAGUGUGGCGUUUAAAGGGGAACAACUGGUGGUUCUCGGUAGUGGUGAUAAAUCGAAAUACGAUUCGGAGAAGGUUGAUGAUGUUUACUAUAUCGAUUUGAAGCUGAGAUUGAAGAUCAGAUUUAAAGUUUGGUUUGCGAAAACCCCGAAAUUCACACCCAAAUUCGAAUGCGAUUUGAAGGUUCCAUUGAGUUCUAAAGUCGUUUAG